AUGUCUGAGGUAGCUGUCAGCGAUGUCGUUAUUAUACCUGAGCCUGAGAUGCCAAAUGGAAGCUCCAUCAAUGGAAACUCGACAAAGCCUAUCCUACAACCACCGGAUGAGAAUAUUGAUGAAAAACAAAAGAAACUGAUUGCCCCCGAAACAGAAAAUUCUAGAGGAGAGGCUCCCACUUUAGAAGUAGAGUACAUUGAAUCUGAAAAUCUGAAGGAUGUGGAAGAUGUAGAGAAUUGUGUGAAGACACUUGCAUUCGAACUAGGCUCGAAAGACUGGGUUGAGGUUUGUGAGGCGCUCAACAAUGUCCGCAGAUUGUCUAUAUAUCACAAGGAAUCCAUUGUUGCCAUACUCGGCGAUGUGAUUGCCUUAGUGCUGAAAUCCUUAAAGAACCCCAGAAGCGCUCUCUGUAAAACAGCAAUUAUGACUUGUGCUGACAUCUUCAAAGCAUAUAAUGAUGACAUCAUUGAGUUUCUGGAUCCACUGCUUGUACAGCUUCUGCUUAAAGCUUCCCAAGACAAGAAGUUUGUGUGUGAAGCCGCUGAAAGUGCUUUAAAAUCUCUGACGAGCUCAGUUUCUCCACUUCUAUUGCUGCCCAAAUUGCAACCUUAUAUCAAGAACAGGAAUCCUCGAAUUCGGGCAAAGGCAUCCGUGUGCAUUUCGCGAAGUGUGCAAGAACUGGGCAGUGAAGGAAUUGGUGAAUUCGGCCUCGACAAACUGAUCCAAAUAGGUGCAUCCCAGCUUAGCGACCAGCUUCCGGAAUCUAGGGAUGCUGCUCGUUCGCUUUUAUUGGAGUUGCAAUGCGUAUAUGAAGUAUCACACGUUCAUGACCCAAAUGUUGUUUCUGAAGAGCCUGCUAUAGCUUCAUGGGAGCAAUUUUGCCAAUCAAAGCUUUCCCCUUUGAGUGCUCAGGCUGUGCUUCGUGUGACCAGUGUUGCUCGGGAGGGGCUCGUGGGCUCAUAG